AUGGGCGACCGACUCACGCAGCUACAAGAUGCAGUUGAUCAGUUCGCUCAGCAGCUUGUCGCUUGCAUGCACUUUGUCCAGAUGCGCCAUGAUCUCGAGAAACUAGGUCCAAACGACAAGAUCCGCGAGCCUAAGGAGCAAGCGGCAAAAGAAGUGGAUGCCCUGCCUCCACAAGACUUUCGAGCCGGCCUAGUCGAGCUUUCGCGAGACCUCAUUGUGAAGGAGCAGCAGAUCGAAGUCCUCAUCUCAACCCUUCCCGGCCUCGACAACAGCGAACAAGACCAGGAGCGACACAUAAGGGACCUUGAAGAAGACUUGAAGACGGCCGAGGCACAGCGGGUGGAAGCACUGAGGGAGAAGGAGCUCAUCUUGACCCAGCUUGACGCCAUCAUACGCAACGUACGGCGGCCAUGA